CGCACCGCGCACGGGGAACCGCAGUGGCAGUGGCUGUGUUUGGGACAGCAAAGCUGGGCCGCGAAGCCUUGUUGAGGGGUGAGGUAUGCGAUGGCAGCCAUGUGACCAGAACUUGAGCUUCCGCGACACCUGGCAUUGGCUCCCACGCGAAGAGGAGGAGGAGCUCUUAGAGCCAAUUAGCCUGAAAGAGGCCUUGGAGGAACUCCUAGACUGCCACAAGCGCUUUGAUCCAAGCUGCUGGGCAUGUACCAUGGACGAGGAGGUGGUUUCAAGCGCGGCGAGCGUGGUGACCACCCAGCAAGGAAGCUUUGCAACACAGUUCUUUAUUGGCGAUGACGACUCGAGUUCAGCGCCAGAGUCUCACACGCCACUGGCCAUGAGUAUCGCUAAAUGUUCUGGGAAAUUUUGGCGCCUGUGGCUAGACUGUGAGAACUUUUACAUUGGCGACGAGACCAAGAGUUCAGGGGAGCACUGGGAGAUGGAAAGCAUCUUCGAAUGCAGUUGGAGCUUUGUCAAGGACCCAUUGGAAGAACACUUCGAACGCGCAAGCGGAAGUGAUUCCUCCGACCACGAGUUGAGCAAGUUGAACAGCCGAGAAACUCGCCUUGUUCCAGAAGUGCCUGAACAGAAGGUCAUUUCAUUGGCGGAUCACCUCGACUGGAGGUCUUCGAAGACGAACGAGAAGGAUGCAGAGACUGAGAGGUGGAGGCAGCUUCAUCCACCGGGCCCGUUUGCGACACAGACGACCAGCGGUUGCCGUGACAUCCAGCGGCAGAACCGAGUGACCUUGCAGCUGGCUAGCUUGGUACAGACGGCUCAUCCGCUCUUCGAUGAGCUCGGACGGGAAGGUUAUGUGCAUAAACGGAUCCACCGGAAGCUGCAUGAAAAGGUAGUGCACUUUGAUGAUGCUCAGAUUAAAAGAUUGGGCGAGAUGUGUUUCCGCGAUCAGUUCGCCGAAGCGGUGAAGAUGGAUAAAGUCUUGGGAUCCGCAAGGGCAAACAAUUGCAGACAGGACCUGCUGUGUUUACUACAUCAUUUAACAACAUCCACGAUGACCUCUCGCAAGAGUGCAGCGAUGCGAUGUUGAUGAGAUCUACUUCCUUCUCCUGUGUAGGUCUCACCAAAGAUCAGGUUCUUCUCCAUGGGUCGCUGGUGCCAU